AUGGCAAGUUUGAUAAAACUCUGCGCUCUGCUUAUCGCCCAAUUCUUCAUAGGGAGUCGAAUUAUUUCAGCCACAGUGUUUACCUUCCAAAACAGUUGCAGUAAAACAAUCUGGCCGGGAACACUCUCCGGCAAUGGCGCAGCCGUUCUUGGUGGCGGAGGAUUUGCAUUAGCCCCCGGGGAAUCCAUGCAUUUUCCAGCCCCGCCCGGUUGGUCCGGCCGCUUCUGGGCCAGAACUGACUGCAGCUUUGAUGCCACCGGCAACGGCAAAUGCGCCACCGGCGACUGUGGUGGCGGAUUGAAAUGCAUCGGAGGAGGGGUACCCCCUGCAAGCUUGGUGGAAUUCACCCUGGCAAAUGGCAAUGCUGAGAAAGAUUUUUACGACGUGAGCCUUGUCGAUGGCUACAAUCUGCCACUCGGAGUGCGGCCCACUGGCGGCUCCGGUGACUGCCAAUACGCCGGUUGCGUGGCUGACCUGAACAAGAGCUGCCCAUCAGAGCUGCAAGUGAUUGUUUCCGGCGAAGUAGUGGCGUGCAAAAGUGCUUGCACUGCCUUUAACUCGCCGGAAUAUUGUUGCUCCGGCGAUCACUCAACGCCGGCAACAUGCCCGCCUACAAGCUACUCUCAAUUGUUCAAGAAUGCUUGCCCUUCUGCAUAUAGUUAUGCAUAUGAUGAUCAAACAAGUACACGCACGUGUGCAGGAGCAGAUUAUGUUAUCACAUUUUGCUCUGCAACCUCAUAA